CUAAUUCUUUCUUGUCGCUCAUAAGUCAAACAGACACAGUCUACAAUGUCCGGGAUCAAUUUAUUGAGCUUCGAAUAAUCUCCCAAGAAGGACCGAGGUAAUCUAAGACAGUUGUUACAAUGUGGGCAAAUCAGUGGCAAAGCGGAGGGGGAUGGCCAGUACAGCAAGCACAUCUACAGGCAAUGCCUCAUGAUCAAGUUGACUGGGCAGCUCUUGCUAAACAAUGGAUAGCACAGAAAGAUGCAGUAACACCAAUACAAGAUCAGGCCCCUCCUCCUCCAGUAUCUGUGCCACCUCCCUCACACAACCAGGGACCACCAGUUCAAGCAGAUAGUAUGGAAUUAUGCAAUGAUGAAAAUGGCGAGCAAAAUCAAAGCAAUGGAGGAAUGUAUGGGGGUCAAGAGAAUUGGAAUUGGGGAGGCAAUGUGGGGUGGAAUGCUCAAAAUCAAGGAUGGGGAAUGCCGCAACAACCUGUUCCAGAUUCUAAGGCAGAAACACAGGGAUUUGACUACAACCACAGUAGCUUCCAGCAGUUUGACUAUAACCAUGGUGGAGAAUAUGAUGAUUAUCCGAUGAAUGCUGGGGGUGGGGAACCACCUUGGGGAAGUGGUCCUGGACAUGGUCACUUUCCUCAUCGGAGAGGUAACUUUACAAGACACCAGAGAGAUAUGUCCCCUAAUGAAGAUGAAUCUGUUCUUCUGGAUGCUGCUAAAAGAAAAACACUGCCUGCCUGGAUAAGAGAAGGCCUUGAAAAAAUGGAGAGAGAAAAACAGAAGAAAUUAGAAAAAGAGCAAAGAGAGAAAGAACAGGAGGCAGUGCGUUUAGCUCGUGCUGAAGCAGAGAAAGCAGCUGAGGAGGAGCUGCGUCGAGAAAAAGAGGGAUACCAGGAUGGCCCUCGUGUACCAAAGAAAAGCAGAUUUGAUUCGGAUGAUGAAGAUGAUGAUGAUAGAGACAAAUCUGUUUCACCUGCACCUCGUAGAAGAUCUGGGUCAGCACAUUCACGAAGAUCCGGAUCUGCUCAUUCACACUCUCCUCAUAGCAGGAGAUCUACAGAGAGACGGAGUCCAUCUCCAGUCAAAACAGAGGAGGAAAAACAGGCAGAGUUUAUGAUGAAGGUACGACGUAUGUUAACAGAGAUUUUACUGGAGGUGACAGAUUCAGAGGUGCACGACAUUGCUAGAAAUGUGUAUAACAGAGCUAGAUCUAAUGCCUCUAAAGCUCCAGCAACCCAACUCGCCAAGUCAACAGCUUUGGCUUCUAUUACUUCACUUGGUUUACUUGGUUAUGGUAGUGAUGACAGUGACAAUGAGCAGGAAAGUGAUGUGGACAGACGACGAGGUCGUGGUGGCGAGUCUUCGGGGUCAGAGUCAGAUGAUGACUACGAGGAUAAGAUCAGAAGAAAGCGGGAAAGUUUUGACAGAAUGCAGCGACGUCGUCUUGAAGACCAGGAGAGAGAAGAACAGGAGCAGAUAGCUAGGAAAAAACAGGAAAUCCAAAAUACUCCAUCUUACCUGAAGGAACCACUAUCAGAAUCCCAUAAAUACCCUUUUCAACAACACCGACACAAAGAUAUUCCCGGUCUAGAGCAAGAAUCUGAUAACCAUAAUGAACAAAAUGAUAUAAAUAGAAAUAAAAAAGAACGGAGACCAAGUGAUCAUAGGGCAAAGCAUGAGAGUGAAAGGCAAUCAGACAAAAAAGUGAAAAGAGAGAAAGAGAGAAUGCGUGAGAAGGGAAAACAGAAAAAGAAGGAAAGUUCUAGUAGUUCUAGCAGUGGAAGUAGCAGUAGUGGAUCGUCUAGCUCUGGGUCUGACUCUGAUUCUUCUAGUUCUGAUUCUGAUUCAUCAUCUUCAGAAUCUUCUGUACAAAAACGCAAACAAAAGUCAAAGUCUGACACUAAAUCUAGUAAAUAUGCACAAGACAAUGCAAGGUCUGAUAGACAAAAAGAACUGAAUAGAAGUGACUCAAAUAGGGAGAGAGAAAAAUCCAGAAGGGAGAGUGAGAAAGACAAGAGAAGAGAGUAUGAAGAUGUGUAUGAUGAUGAAAGAGAGAAAAGAAGGGAGAAAGAAAGAGAAAGAGAGAAGAAGUCCGAGAAGAAUAGGAGUAGAUCUAGGGACAGGAGUGAUAGAGACAAGCAUAGAGAUAGUAAGAGAAGUAGAUCACAUGAUAGAAAGGAGAGGUCUGGAAGAAAAGACAGGGAGAGAAGUAAGUCCAGAGAUAGGCGUAGGAAAGAGUAUGAAGAGAAAAGUGAAAAAUCUAAACGCAAAAGCCGAGAUGAGAGGAGAGAAUCUUUGGACACAUCUCGAGAUGCUAGAGAUGAUUAUCAUCGUGAGGACAGGGGUAGAAAAUCUAAAAAAUCUAGUAAAAGGGAUGAUCGCGAAAGGUCGAGGUCUCCAAAGAAACGGAGAAGAUCCCGAUCAGAAUCUUCUGAGAGUGAUUAUCACUCAGGUCAUAAGCAUAAAAAGUCAAGUCGUGAGUCGAGCCCAUACGAGUCCAGUAGACGGCACAGCAGACAUGAUGAGUAUGAGUAUGUAGAUAGAAGCGGUAAGAAGUCAAGUCACAAACGCAGGUCUCGAUCAAGGUGGGCAAUUCAUUUCUUGAUUCAUAUGAGCGCUAUUAUUUAUUUGAUAGCAGAAUACCUUUUAAUAUUGUGCUUUUGUGCCUUUGAUAUUAGUAUUUGAUCAUGAUGUGUCUCUAUGUAUUGAUGUACCUAUAACAGCCUUUGUAAAAAUGGUCAGGUAUAGGUAUUCAAGUAUGUGUAUGGUUUUCUUUUUCAUAUUCUAAUAAUUCUAAUCUUAUCUUAACUCUUUUGGAAACUGUCUGAUAUUCUUUCAGGCAUGAAAUAUUUCAGCCGAAUGAAUUAAUUAAUGGUAACAAUCCACCAUUCAGAUGGGAAGCAAUUGGAUUUAAACUUUAUUAGAACCCAAGAUUAGAUGUGUUUGGUGUUUUUCUUUUCAGAUAAUGAGGAUGACAGGUUGUGAAGUAACCAACACGCAUAAUCACCAUGGCAACCACUUUCCACAUUUUAAUCUUGCAUGAUGAAAUGAGAUGUACAUAGUCCUUUUCUUAAUAAAUAUUUACAUUGUU